GGGCAUGCCCCGCCAUGUUCAACCUAAAUGGCGGCUGGAACUUGUCUUUCGCCGGGUGCGGGUUCCUGGGGAUUUACCACAUCGGAGUUGCCAGCUGCCUGCUGGAGAAAGCGCCCUACCUCAUCAAAGGGGCCACCAAGCUGUACGGGGCUUCUGCCGGUGCUCUGACCGCCUCGGUGCUCGCCAGCCAGGCAUCCAUAACUAAAUGCUGUGAAGAUGUGAUCGAGGUGGCAAAAGAGGCCAGGAAGAGGAACCUGGGGCCCCUUCACCCUACCUUCAACCUGGUGAAAGUGAUAAAGUCUGGCCUGAAUCGUGACCUGCCCUCUGACGCACACGUUCUGACCUCGGGGCGACUGUGUGUUUCGCUGACCAGAGUGUCUGACGGGGAGAACGUGCUGGUGUCGGACUUUAGCUCCAAAGAGGAACUCAUCCAGGCGCUGAUCUGUAGCUGUUUCAUUCCCAUCUACUGCGGGCUGAUUCCGCCAUCCUUCAGAGGAGUGCGUUACGUGGAUGGUGGGAUCAGUGACAACCUGCCACAGUCAGAGCUGAAGAACACCAUCACCAUCUCUCCCUUCUCUGGCGAGAGUGACAUCUGUCCCCGUGACAGCUCCACCAGCUUCCACGAACUGCGGUUCACCAACACCAGCAUCCAGAUGAACCUGGGCAACAUGUACCGCCUCAGCAGGGCCCUGUUUCCACCAGAACCCAAGGUACUUGCUGAGAUGUGUCAGAGUGGUUAUAAAGAUGCUCUGCGCUUCCUUGAAGAGAACAACCUGCUGAUGCUGGAGCGUCCAACCUCAGGCCCCGUCCUGCCAGAGAGCCUGCCCAACUGCUGCCGCAAGCAUACGGAAACCACAAACGAGUGGGUUCUCCGGAGGCUUCGCCUACUGCAUAAACAGCACUGGUGGCUUGACGAGCAGAUCACUCUACCUACGCCCAUCAAGAAAGUGUUUUGUCAGGCCUGCCAAGACAAACCUGGCCUGUAUGCCAAGGUGUCUGAGAUGCUGCCAGUGAGAGUGGCCUCCUACAUGCUCAUGCCAUGCACACUUCCUGUACAGUCGGCCUACUCUGUGGCCCAGAGGUUUGUGGAGUGGAUCCCAGAGGUGCCAGCUGAUGUGCGCUGGCUGUUUGGGAUAGCAGGUGACGUGUACCGACAGGCCUGGAAAGGAGCACCAGCCAACUCCAUUAGUGAGCCAUGCCUGAGGAAAUGCUUGAGCACGCCGCCUCUACCUACAGAGUGUGACAAACCCAUGCAGAAAGACAACCUGCCUGCUCUUUCCUCCCUAGACCUCCACAGCAGCUGCUGGGAGAUCCCCAAAUCUUCCACCUCGUUCUUCUCCCACCAUCAUCCUCACAUCACCUCCUCCUCUCCACAACAAGUCUGCUUCUUUGUCGGUUCGCAGGAUGAACCUCACAGCCAUGCUCAGCAGUAAAAUGAUUCAGGACCUGCACUUUAAUAAUGAUGUGGUCAAAUUUCCACUCUCUCUGUGAGGAGCUGGUGGAUUGAUGGCUGGUAAAACUUUUAACCAAUGCGCACCGGUGUGUAAAUGUUUUAAGGAAACACACGUUUAUCUCUGACUCUGAACACUCCAGGCAGCACUGAGUGUAUUAUAUUUUAUUGAGUGCUCUGGAAGACAGUGUCGCAAUUAACUGAUGAUGAUGUGUUUUAUGACCUGUUUUAAUGUACAGCACAGAAAUGUGUCUAGUUACAGUCUAGCUUCACCCCUACCUGUAAAAAAUACUCAAAAGCAGCAUUCAUCGCUCUUUCCAGUACAGUUAAUGAUAAAGAGAGCCACUUGUGGAGACACAAAGGACUCUUGAUUCAGUCUGUUUGUCCUUUUGAUCAUGUCUGUCGAUUUUUACAGUUGUGGGAUUUCUCCAGGCAUAUGACUGCUUUUAGGUGACAUGAUGCAACCUCUGCCAGCCAUAUUGGAGGUCUGCCGGUCUCAUUUCUAAACAUACUUAAUCUGUUUGCUAUUUUAACAGGGAAGUUAUCAUUUCCCCACAAAUCUGGCCAGUUUUGUUUUUGCUACAGAUGGAACUCAUUACUUUGGUGAGAAGAUUGUUAUCAUAACUGAUAGAAAUGAUGGCUGAAACUACAAGCAUAAGACCCAAGUUAUAAUAAACUAAAGUGUCCUUUAAUUGACAUGAUGUCAGAGACUUGACAGUUUACUGCAUCACAGAACUCUAAAUAUUGAAACAAAUCUACCAAAUAAGACUUUUUACACAUUUUCUAUGUGUAAAGCCAGCAACAGAUCUCCAUGUUGUUGUCAGUUGGCUGCUGGGAAGGUUUUGACACACGUACAAAGCCUCUGUAGAGGUCCUUAAUUUGCCCAAAUGAAACACUGAUGCUGACUGUGCUGACCGAGAGAGUGUAAUUGGUGAAUAUGGUCUGACCUUUCAACUUGUAAAUCUGUUUUGUCACUUAUCACUUGAGUUUAAAGUUAUGUUAAUGUGCUGUGAUAUUCUCUUAAUAUUAAACCAUUUUAAAUUGA